GAAGAGAUAAGCGGAUGUGAACAGUGACCAAUAACAAUUUCCACUUUGGCGUAUUGUAAUUUGUAUUGUUGUUAUUUAGACGUUUAUGAACACACUGGAACUCGACAUAUCACUACUUUAACUGCACAGCAUCACUUAAUCUAGUUCCCAAAUUUGUGUUGGAGAAAGGACUUGGUGGAUAGAUUUGAUCUAGGUAAGGCUAGUCUAGAUGCUAACGUUAGCUAACAAUGGCUAACUGCAUGGUUUUUCACACUCAAAUAGCCUCCGUCAUGGAGGUGCUGGCGAAUGCAGCCGUGGCAGACAUCUGUAAACUCGUAGACGACGACUAUGCAGUGUUUCGUUUGGAAAUAACUCAAAGCCAGAAAGAAAACAGGGCAUUGCGGAGGAAACUACAGCUACUUGAACUGAAGGUGUCACGGGAGCGCGCAGAGAGGACAAUACGAGAGCGCGUCCUCGCCAGUCGUCCCAGAAGUGUCAACAUUCUUGACCGAUACAGAGGAAUGGCAAGAGGUGAAGGACAUCUCACUGGAGGCUACAAGAGCUUUGUGAAGCCAGCAGGACACAAAACAUGGAGAGAUGACCGACCAAUCACUGUUGAUGAGGGGAGUGGAACCUCAACCCAGCACAUUAUCACGAUAGAGUCUGAAGAUGCAGAGGCUGCAGGUCCUGGGGUCAAGCAAGAGAUGACCAAAGGAGAGCACCCACGACACAGCAGAGACAACCAGACUGGAGCGCCCCCUGUAGCCACAGAGGAUCUCAACACUGCCACCACUCCCCACGCCAGGACCCAACACAGCAUCACAGAGGAGGAGGAGGGUCCAGAUGUGCUGCUGGUGAAGGAGGAGGGGUGUGAGGAGGGUCUGGGGAACCCUGAGGGGACCAUGGUCAUGGAGGACAACCAGACUACACCUCCUCCUGAACCCACAGAGGAACCAGCUGUGCAGCACAGGACCACACACAGCCUCACUGAGUCAGUAGACAUGGAGGAUGGGAAGCCUGAUCUGCUGCUAGUCAAAGAGGAGACGAUAGAAGACGAACCAGAGGGCAUUGACCUGCUGAGUGUACUAAAGAUGGGGGAGCAAGUCUGCAGUUCAUGAGGACCUGCUGAUAUCCAGUGUUGCUGGUGGGAGAGACUGGACCUGUGAAGCGGCUGAUCACAAACCCUGGCAACGGAUCACGACCCUGGAUCAGGAGCCAUUGCUCGUCCUUCCCGAGUCAGAACCAGGACCCAACCGCAAGGGACAGCGACUCCACCACCACACCACACAGGUGGACUGAACAAUCUCAGUCCUGGUGGUCAUCCGAGAGAUGUAGACUCCAGUCAGGGAUCAACUCUGCAGCCUAAAAACAUUGUUUUUAUGGGCAGAGGCAACUCAUUCCAUUCUGAGGCUCAAGUAUACAAGAAAGUACAUUUCCUACCAUUACUCCUGAACCUGUAUAAAAACACAUUAGCAACACCUGAUCUGGUGCUGUGAUUAUGUGCAUCCCUAAAACGGCGAAAGUAAUCAGUUCGAUAUCUGGGCGCAGAACCAUAUAUACUCCUGUAAACCAAACCUAGUCUCAUCUGGGACACCCUAGCCUCAACAGGCAGCCAGUUUAGUUCCAGAAAGCAGCUCCUGCCUAUGUGAGUACAUGGACUCACCUUCAAUACUACCCUGAUCAGCUUAUACUGGGCUACCUGGAGCUUCCCCUUCGUAAGUUUAGAUACGCCCCCAAACCAGGAAGUACUAGCAUAGUCAAAAUGGCAUUGAAUGAGGGCAGUGGCUAGCACUUACAUGGAGUUCUUAUCAAGCAGCUUGGACUUUCUAGCCAAAAACUUAGUCCUGGCAUUUACCUUCCCUAGCACUUUAUUGGCCACCCUCUCACCUCCCAAACUUCCAUCUAGAAUGCAUCCCAGGUAGCUAACAGAGGUUUUAGUAGUCACCCCCUAACUCCACUCUGAUUUCAGAAAACCUACUCAAUUUAGGUCUGGAUCCAAAAAUAAUUGCCUCAGUGCAGAGAGAGCUUAUUAUCUCCAAGCCAUUUGCUAUUGUUAGUAAGCUCUGUGCUAAGUAUGCUCUCCAACAUAGUUUUACUUUUGUGAGACUCCAGAAGUGUAGUCAUUCACAUAAAGGAAAAUAAUCUUUCAUAAUGUUAAUAUACACUAAAAACAGUAGAGGUCCAAGCACGCUCCCCUGUGGAAUGCCACAACUUAUUCAUUUUGCCUGAGACAGUGAACCAUUAACCUCUACUACUUGCUCCCUACCUGAUAAAUAGGACUUUACCCAGCCUAUCGGGAUGCUGCAUUACCCCAGUGCCUCCAUUUCGAGAUUACUGUUUCAAAAGCCUUUUGUAGGUCAAGCAGUACCAUUCCACAGAGAUUUCCUUCAAUCUCUUUCCUGAUGAAGUCAGUCAAGUAAAGUAGACAUGAAUCGGUGGAAUAUGUUCUUCUAAAACGUGACUGAAAAUCAUACACUAAAUUUGCUCAUGUACAACUCUCUCCAGGAUCUUUGAUGUUACACUGGGGAUAGAUACAGGCCUAUAAUUCCCAGGUUCAGACUUUAUCCCCUUCUUAUACAGAGGUAUACCUUUAGCUUGUUUCAUAUCCCUGGGAAAGAUGCCUUGUUCAAGAGAGAGAUUAACGAUAUGCCUAAAUACAAGGGCCAAUUUGCUCAACAGAAUCUCUAAGAAACCUUGCAGGAAUAUUAUCCAGGCCUGUGGCUUUGGAGCAUUUAAACUCUGCUAGCAUACUUACUAUUUUGGCUGUUGCUACCUUUGCAAAAGAAAAGAGUUUGGCUGAACCCCUAACUCUGCAUAAUAAUUAUUGACUUGGUUGUUUCCAUGCUUGCCAGUCAGGAUGGGCGUUCAACACGAGGUGCCUAGCCUAUAACACAGCACACAAUCCCAACAACACCCAAGCAAUGGCAAGAGUUCAAGGAGGGAGCUCAAAGACUAACCCUCCUGCUUCUACCUCCUCUGGUGUCAUUGGGUCACGACGUGGGAGGCUGAGGAUUAGGACAGACACAGACAAGCCGUACACCUGCUGCACGUGUUGAAGCGGUUCGUUAGGGCAAAAUAUUUGAAAGAACACCAGACCGUUCACAACAAGGAGAGGCUCUUCAAGUGCAAAUUAUGAGCUUCACCUUCUUGACUAACCUUAUCAGACACAAUGGGCGAAAUAGGAGCAGUGUGGCUUUAGAUGUCCACAGGGGCUAUCUGGGAACCACUCUGUAGCUGACAUACUUAAUCCUAUAAAACCGUUUUUCCAGGUUUCCUUUUUUUCAGGUUCUCUCUCGAAAUCACUUUUUUUAAAUAGAAAAACAACAUUUGAUAAGUCCACCUGAGGUCUGGGAAAAAUAGAAGAUAUUUAGUUUGUGUAGUUACCCUUGAAUGCAAAUGUGCACCAGCAAGAGGUUGGUUGUGGUGUUUCUGUAGCGCUCAUGUGAUUGCAUAGUUUGCUAAACAAAUGGCCACUGGAUUGAUGCAAAUAAUCAAGCCAGGUCGUCAUAGGCUACAUCGUAGUUAACAUUUAAAUUAGUUUUUUGGGAAAGGCUUUCCAUCUCUAUUAGAAUAAGGUUAUUAUUAGCAUCCUCGCUAACCGCUACACAAAGUGUAGACACAGGCACACACACAUGGGCAUUCAUGUUGUAGGAAAAUACGACUCACAUGCAUUCCUAAUGUCUUAUGAUUCAUAUUUUAAAUAUCGUUGAAUUACGUUUUAAUGUAUGGAUUAUGUGAUUCCGUCCGAUUUUAUAGGGCUCUACAUAUCAUGUGAAAUGUCUUGGUAAGGGGAUAAUUAACACAUUAAUCACUUAACUUUUUAUUUGAAACAUCCUUGUCUGAAUACCUGUUUUUAGAGACAGUAAACCUAGGCUAGAACAAGGACAGUUUAAU